AUGGCUACCCCUAGCGUUCUCGUCUUUGAUGCUGAGGGUAGGGCUGUUGACUUUGAGGUCUGGGUCGAUGAUCUACAACUUUUCCUACAGUGCGAUAGGAAAGAUGGUCUCUCACUGUUCGAUCUCACGUCUGGCGCCUCUACUGCCCCUGCUGCCGAUGCUGACAGCACUAUUCCCUCACAGUGGGCCACACGCGAUGCUGCUGCCCGUCUUGCUGUGCGUAGUCACUUGCCGUCCACUGAGCGCGCGCACUUUAGUCAGUACAAGAGUGCUAAGACCUUGGACCACUUCCUCUCUGUUUGCCCCACCACACUCACCGUUGACCUCCUCGAGGAGCGCCUCCUCGUAGCUGAGAAGAGUAUAGUCGCUGUAGGAGCCUCUCGUGGUGACCCUCGUGCCCCCUUCUUUGAGGGGUGCUCCCCCUCCCUUUUGCCCUCUGUUGCCUGUGCUGCUGCCGUCAACUUCGUUGGCACCGAGUCGGUCGGCGCUACGUCUGCCCCUAGCGGGAGACGCCGCACCGGCAAGAGCAAGGGGGGCAAGGGCGCUCGAGGGGCUGGCGAGGGCGGUGGAGGUUGCGGCGGAGGCGGCGAAGGGAGUGGGGGUGGCGGUGGGAGUGGUGGCGGGGGUGGGGGCUUCGGUGGCGGCGGUGGAGGCGGAGGCGGCGGCGGCGGUGGCGGUGGGAGCGGAGGAGGAGGCGGUGGCUGGGGUGGGGGAGGUGACGACGGCGGAGGUGGAGCUGGUCGGGGUGGCUCUAAGCAGCAGAGCAGCUUCGGUGGUGGUCAGCGCCAGCAGCAGAAGCGCACUCGUGCUGGUGAGGCUGCUGCUCUAGGUGCUAGUGCGUCUGCUGCCCCAGGUACUGGUGCGUCUGCUCUCUCAGGUACCACGUCGGCUCAGGCCUUCCACACCUUCACCCUUCACUCCGGUGCUUCCCGCUCCUCCUUUCAAGACCGCACCACGCUUACGCCGCUUAGUCGGCCAGUUGCGGUCUCCCUGGCGGACCCCUCUGGGGGUCCUGUCCUUGCCCACUUCUCCACUGUCUUACCGUGUCCGGCGGCCCCCUCUGCCACCCUGUCAGGUCUCUACCUCCCCUCAUUCUCUACGAACUUGGUGAGUGGUGCUGAUCUACAGGAUUGGGGGGUUGACCAGUUCACUCCUGCGAGUCAGCGGGUGACCCACUGUACGUGUGCUCGUACGGGCCGACACUUGGCCUCGUUUACCCAUCAGCCGGGGUCGAGCCUCUACACACUGACUACUGAGUCUCCUCCAGUUGCUGAGUCUGGUCGGGUAGCUGCGUCGGGUCAGGUGUUUGCUACAGCGUCCAGGUCUGGUCCUGAGUCUACUCCCUGCUCGUGUCGUCUCCUAUUCCACCAGACUCUCCUCUGGAUCCACCGCCUUGGUCACCCCUCCUUGCCUCGUCUCCGAGGCAUGGCCUCCCGUUACCUUGUCUCUGGUCUCCCCCGGUCCCUCCCUCCCCUCCCUCUGGGGCCUGCCCCUACCUGCGUUCCCUGCGUCGAGGGGCGGCAGCGCGCCGGCCCUCACUCCUCCGAGUUUCAUCCGACAGAGGCUCCGCUGCAGACUCUUCACAUGGACGUGUGGGGUCCCGCCCGCGUCCGUGGCCAGGAUCACGAGCGUUACUUCCUGUUGGUGGUUGAUGACUACUCGCGUUACACCACGGUGUUCCCCUUGCGCAGCAAGGGUGACGUCACUGAGGUAUUGAUCGAUUGGAUCCGCGCAGCUCGUCUCCAGCUCAGAGAGAGUUUCGGCUCGGACUUUCCUGUUUUGCGUCUGCACUCUGACAGAGGCGGGGAGUUUUCCUCUUCCCUUCUGGGAGCCUUCUGUCGUGCACAGGGCAUCCGCCAGACCUUCACGCUUCCGGCCUCUCCACAGCAAAAUGGGAUUGCUGAGCGCCGCAUUGGCAUGGUCAUGGACGUCGCUCGUACGUCCAUGAUCCAUGCGGCUGCUCCCCAUUUUCCGUGGCCGUUUGCAGUUUGGUACGCAGCGCAUCAGAUCAACCUUCAGCCCCGGGUCUCCUUGCCUGAGACCUCCACCAUCUUGCGGUGGACGGGGAAGGUUGGCGAUGCGUCUGCGUUUCGUGUCUGGGGAUCUCGGGCAUUUGUCCGCGACUUGUCUGCGGACAAGCUAUCCCCCCGUGGUGUUCCCUGCGUCUUCCUUGGCUUCCCCCCUGACGCGCCUGGUUGGCAAUUUUACCACCCCACCUUGCGCCGUGUUCUGUCCUCCCAGGACGUCACCUUUGAAGAGUCGGCUCCUUACUACUGUCUCUUCCCCUACCGCACUGCGCCCCUCCCCCCACUGUCGCUCUUCCUUGCGCCAGGUCCCCCCCCGGUAGACCCUCUCCCCCCUCAGGGUCCUGCCCCGUCGGGUGUGUCCCAGGUAGACGCAGUCGAGCCUGUCGAGGUAGCUGUUGACUCUGGUGCUGCUAGGGGUACUGAGUUUGGGGGUGCUGAGACUGGAGGUGCUGAGCCUGGGGGUGCAGAGCCUGGGGUUGCGGAGCGUGGGGGUGCUGGGUCUGCUCGUGUGGCCUCUGGUGGUGCUGGGUCUGGGGGUCCUUCGUGUGCUUCAUCUCGGCGGGAGCUACCCUCUCUAUAG